AUGUCACAACACUCAGGCCGCAGCGAUCUGGAGGUCCCCCGCGCCACUGGCGAGGCAGCCACCAAGGACACCCUGGUCGAACGGACAGUCCGUCUCGUCAUCAGGGACGGAAUCAACGUUAAUCUCUCAGAGGAUGGGUUCAUGAAUCUCACACACCUCGUUAUCACGUCGCGGCUUGCGGACAUCUUCGUCUUAGCGUCCCUCGCGGUGGAACAGGCAACGAAUCUCGCACAUUGCGUCCUAAAGCUACAGAAUGUUGUGGUCCCUGCCUCAGCCUCACUUAUCCAGAGCCAUGGGUCGCACACCGUCACAAACACCUCACUAAGGCACCUUUCACUCGAGUCCAUGCCCGAAUGGGGCCCGGAGAACGCUCUUGUUUUGUUUCUAGACAGGAUGUGCCUUCCUGGCCUCGACAUCCUCGAAUUCAAGGGCCUGACGCUGAACACAUGGGGCCCCCGGCCAUUCUCGCCAAUCGGAGUCGCAACCUCGUUUUUAGAGCGCUCGGCCUGCGCGCUUUCCGAGCUGAAGUUCGACCUUUGCUACGGGUGGGAGCACGACUUCAUCAAGUUCCUCGGUCAUUCAACAUUCAACAGCUUGCGCACUCUCCAUCUUGACGAGGCGCCAGUCACAGAAAUUUUCUUCAAGUUGCUCGUGGAGAAGACCUCGAAAGGCCGUAGUACGCCCUCGCUCUUCCUACCCAACCUCAAGAGGAUCACGUACCGCGGCGAGAAGGACUUCUGGUGGGACGCUAUUUUGAAGGUCGUAAAGGCCCACCAGUAUCCACGGAAGAGGAAAUACCUCAGGCCCCUUAUGUCUCUGGAGGUAGAGACGUACGAGGAUGGUCUCAUGGAAGAACCCGCGAAGUAUCCAUUUUGGACCGUUGUUCAGAACUUCAAGUCGGGUGUGACGAAGGUGUCGUGGAAGUUCAGAUACAAUAUUUUAUAA